CAAUGUGCCGAUCCUCGGACAGACACUUUUAUUACUAACUACAGCUUUAUGUAACAGUUUCCAAUGGUUCCAUGGCGAACUUUCCUUCAGCUCAGAUUAGCGUCCUGAUAAGAUUGCUAGCUAUUCGGAUCUGGGGUCCUUCCCAUUUUAGUCACGCCGCUGUAACAGUAAUUGGUGUGGACCAUGGCAGUCCAAACGCGUAAUAUAUCAGCAGUUACUUCCUGAAGGAGGAUAUGGUUCCCAUUAAAAACAUCGAGCGGGAACUGAUCUGCCCGUGCUGUAAGGAGCUCUUCACCCACCCCCUGAUCCUGCCCUGCCAGCACAGCGUCUGCCACAAAUGCGCCAAAGAGUUGCUGCUGUCCCGGGACGAUGCGGUUUCCGAGCUGGACUCGGAGUUCUCCAACCCGGCCACUCCGGUCAGUAGCCCCCGGAUCCGCCGCCUCUCCUCGGCCAGUGUCGAGAGGCUCGAUAGACUCACCCGGACAGCCUCACUGCGAAGGUCAUUUGGGAGAAAAGGAUCUGCUGCCCAUCCAGGCUGGAAACGAACCAUCCACAGUCAAGGAAUCACCACCUUCCCUUGUCCUAGCUGCAAAUAUGACAUAGAUCUUGGAGAACGUGGCCUUAGUGGUCUGUUCCGAAACUUCACCUUGGAAACAAUUGUGGAAAGAUACAGACAGGCCGCUAGAGCAGCGGUGGCAAUCAUGUGCAAUCUCUGCAAGCCCCCACCUCAGGAGGCCACAAAGAGCUGCAUGGACUGCAAGGCGAGUUACUGCAAUGAGUGUUUCAAACUCCAUCAUCCUUGGGGGACUCCAAAGGCCCAGCAUGAAUAUGUAGGACCAACAACCAACUUCCGACCUAAGAUUCUGAUGUGUCCUGAGCAUGAUAUGGAGAAAGUUACCAUGUAUUGUGAGGUAUGCAGACGGCCCGUGUGCCAUCUCUGUAAACUGGGCGGAUCACAUGCCAACCACAAAGUAACCUCUAUGAGCAGCGCUUACAAAGCUCUGAAGGAGAAGCUAUCCAAGAGUAUCGGUUACCUCAUCAGCAAAGAGGACCAAGUGAAAACUCAGAUCUUUCAACUGGAGCACAUGAUUGAGCAGACAGAGAGCAAUGGAGAAAAGGCAAAAAGAGAAGCCACUGAUUUGAUUGAUGGACUGUGUGCCAUCCUGGAACAACGCAAAAUGAAAUUCAUCAAGUCAAUCGAGGACAGUCGUUCAUCAAAACUGGAGAAAUUACAAAACCAAAUGGAUGAAUAUCAGGGGAUGCUGGAAAACAGUGGCCUGGUCGGAUAUGCCCAAGAAGUACUGAAGGAAACAGACCAAUCUUGCUUUGUGCAGACAGCAAAGCAACUGCACAUUAGGAUCCGAAUGGCCACUGAAUCCCUGAAGACAUUCCAGCCAGCUGCAGAACCUUCCUUCACAGAAUUCACUCUGGAUGUUUCCCGAGAGGAGGAACUCCUUAAAGAACUGUCAUUCACAAAUGGGGUUGCCAGUCUGCGGGCCUUCACUGAUCAUGGAAAACCUAUUUUCCAGUUGCAGAACUCCCAGACAUUUCCAGAUGCACCAGUUAUCGACCUGACACAAAGCCGACUGUAUGAUGACGGAAUCAUCUGCUGGCAGCAGCCCAAUGGUGCUCUUCCUGUUGACCACUACAAGCUUGAGUAUAGGAGGCUUGACCAAGAUGGAGACUGUGCCUGGGAGUCCACUGAAGACGUGUGCAGCACAAGUAAAGUCAUCUCAAAUCUUGACACCAAUAUGAGCUACAUCUUCAGAGUGAAGGGGUGCAAGAAUUCCAUCUACAGUGAUUACAGCAAGGAGGUCCUUUUCCAUACGCCGCCUGCUCCAGUUUUAAGGUUUUUGUUUGAUGAGAAGUGUGGCUACAACAGUGAUCACCUGAUCUUAAACAAACAGAGAGACUCUGUGGAGAGUGUCGCUGGGCUCCCCAUGUUGCUCAGUGCAGAACGGAUUGUGGUUGGAAGUUAUAUGUCUCUCAACUUCAUCACCGGAGACACAGGAGUAACAAAAGGAAAAUACUACUGGGCUUUCCGCGUGGAGCUCUGCUCAUACUUGGUUAAAGUAGGUGUGGUGUCCGACACAAAGCUUCAAGAGUGGUUUCACAGUCCACCAGAUAUCAACAGUCCCAGGUAUGAUCAAGACAGUGGCCACGACAGCGGGAGUGAAGAUAUUGCUUUGGAACAGUCCCAACCUUUCACUUUUGUUACCAUAGGGAUGAAGAGACUUUUCAUCCCGAAAGGUUCUGCCAGUUCAUCCACAGAAUCUUGCAAGCGCUCUGUAUCCACUCCCAGCCGGAUUGGCAUUUGCCUGGACUACGACAAAGGGAAAGUGAAUUUCUACAAUGCAGAUACUAUGCAGUGUUUGUAUGAAAGAAGGGUGGAAUGUUCUGGAACAAUGUAUCCUGCCUUUGGGCUAAUGGGAGGUGGGGCAGUACAUCUGGAUGAAUUAAUUACACUGAAAGAAUCUACAAAACCUGGUUUCUUUCUCGAUUCUUGAUUGAUGGGAGGCAUUUUUCUCCAUAGAUUUAAAAACAGUAAAAAAAAAUGUUUGCUUCCCUGUUUAUAGCACUUUAAGGCAUGCAUUGCUUGAAGAGCCUCUAUAACUGGUUCCACUUGGUUCUCGGUAGAGUUUGUGCAAUACACAGCCACUGAAUAGACAAUAGAAAGUGGUAGUGGAUGGUUGUGGCUGUCAAAUAUCUUCCUUUUAUCCUCCUUCACCUUGGCUUCACUUUGUUUUCAUACAAACUGGAUUGUUUAAAAUUAGUUGGAAAUGCACCUUUUCAAAGAAAUAAGACUGUUGAGAUGUGUUAAUUAUUUUGUUAAGAUAUGCAGAUGUGACCAACUGCAUUUGGCUUAUUUAAUGUUUUCAAAGUAAAAAUGUAAACCCAA